UGUCACACCGAGCAGGAAGUUUUCCAGCCCAGCGCCAGUUACACCCUGUCGGGGUUUUUCGCUUCACUGUCGACAGAGAAGUGUGUUUUUGAAAGAGCGGACUGUUGUUCAUUUGAAAGGUUAAAAAUGAGCCUCCAUCGAGCGCUGCUGGUGUUAACGUGUGUGUCGCUGUCGACCACACUCAGGAUUUUAUCCGGACGUCUCAAGUGCUCUCAACAGGAAUUGAAUUGUGAAGUUCGUGAAACUAACUGUCUGGACAAACGGUGGCUGAAAGUUCAUGAUUACACUCCCAGCAGUCCAGAGGACCUGCGGGUGUCGGUGGACGUCAGGCCAGAUGAGGCAGGACUCCUGCAGCCAGUGCUAGAGGCUAGUUGGAAGUUAAAGGACGAUGGUAGUAUCCAUUUCCUAAAUGCCACCGAGCUUCAUGUUCUGGUGGAAUCCACCAAUCAGAACCUGUGUGUUCGAUAUUCUUUCAAUAAAGAACUCCCGAUGAGAAGUCCAUCAGGAGAAAAGUGGUCAUUCUCAGCUGAUAUGCUGGUUUUGGAUCCGGGGCAGAGCUACCAGGUCUCUGUCUUCAACAUACCCAAACCAGAACUGCACCACAGCAGCUACGACAUCAGGGAAAAGGUCACAGUUCCUGGUUGUAAAGAUCCAAAUAUGACGAAUACACAGUUCUGCAUAGAGAGAGGAAGUCUGUGGCAGCCAAACAUCAGUCUGAGUCAGGUCACUCUAGCUGAUGGAAAACCUGCUCUGGCUGUCAACUUCAGCCCUGACAACCUGUGUGAGAACUACAAGGUUAUUGUUCGCUGCUCCUCUUAUCAGAAUUCCUACAAUUUAAAUAAGGCAAAUCAGACCCUGAAAGUAACAGUCAGCCUGGAUACAUGGCCAAGAUCAUGCUGCCAGUUUGAUGUUGAGAUUAAACCUUAUUUCUCAAAAUGUGGUGAAGACUGUACCCGUCCAAGGAAAACUCACAAUAUUUGCCCCAAUGUGACGAAAGGUCCUGCAGCGAUCCCAGCAGAUAAUGCCCCUGACUACAAGUUAGUUUCCCUGGGAGUGGUGUCGAUGUGUAUACUGACGGCAGCUGUUACGUUUGCCAUCUGCAGGAAGCCAGGGAAAACUAAUGUUAGUGCAGGACCAAAGGGAGUUCAGGAAGUGCAGCCAGUCAAACAAAAGCCCAAAGUAUUGGUCAUCUACUCCCAAGACCACCAUCUCUACAGAGACAUUGUGCUGAAACUCUGCACCUUCCUCCAGACAAAGUGUGGCACUAAGGUGCUAGUAGACCUGCUCGACUCCACCUCAGUCGGCAUGGUGGGUCGUCUGCGCUGGCUCGAGUGGCAGCGGCAGCAGCUGAAAGAUCCCUCGGACAAAAUUCUCGUGCUGUGCUCACGAGGCGUCCAGGCAAAGUGGAAGGCCAUGUGUGGUCAAGGACGAGUGACUUUGAAGGAAGACCUCCUAUCGCCCACAGACGACAUGCUCACUCCUUUUCUUAACCUCUUUCUGCCAGAAAUGCACCAGGCAGGCAUGCUGGGCAAGUACAUGGUAGCUUAUUUUGAUGACAUCAGCAGCGAAAAAGACGUGCCGUCGGUUUUCGACAUUGCAGUGAAAUACAGUCUGAUGAAGCACUUUGAAGAGCUGUUCUUCCGCAUCUUAGACAUCGAAAAGUAUCAGCCAGGGCAGGUGAAGCACAUUGAGGGAAUCGGUGCAGAUGAAUAUUUCAACUGUCCCUCUGGUAAAGCUCUGAGGACAGCCAUUGAAACCUUCCAGGCGUACCAGUUUGAAAAUCCCGACUGGUUCGAGAAGCAGUGUGUGGUUAGUGAAGAGGAGGUCCUAAUUGACGCCAACAUGCUCAUUGAACAGCUGCACAUCCCUCCUGUCCUUGAAUGUGUCCCUCUAAUCAGAGAUGAGUUUCCUGUCUAUGUUCAUGACGUGGAAAUCAAUGAAAACAGCAACAGCAUUCAUAUUCUCACCCCUGAACUGAACCCAGAGAGUCAGCUGUCCUCAGUAAUAGAACUUAUACCUGCAGUCAAUCCAACAGACAGACAUCAGCAUUCAUCUGGCCUGGAGAACGUACUGACAGAGUCUAUCUACGUAGCUGAGCCAGUUUUAAACAAUCCACCAGCACCCAGACACAACUGGAUCUCCCUUGUGGAUGAACCUUUUAGUCAAAUUCCCACUGAAGAUAAUGAGGAGGAUUCCUUGAUAUCUCUGAACCAAGCUUCUGCUUAUUUGGACCACAGAAGCCAAGCUCCGCCGAACUCUCUGGACUUUAAUUCUCCAGAAUCCUCGUGCACAAGCGUUCCAAGGCAGCGUUUCCCCCCCUCUGAAAUGGAUAACUCUGAACAUGUGCCGAUAGAGGAGAACGAGGCUCUGGAGCCAAAAGGACCCAGCAGUGGCUCCGAUCAAGGCUACAGCUCAAAAAACUCCUCCCAGCACGAGUCACUGGUGGCUUUGGCAAAGCUGCAGAAGGAGCUGUUUGAAGAGAAUCUCAGAUGCUCUGAGGGGAACGACUUCGAGUGACAUUACAGUGUGACAUACAUAUAUUUGAUGAUAUUUCUUACUGGCAACAUGAUGUUGCUGUGGCAGACUGUUCAUGUCGGCUUCUUCUUUGGGGUUAAUCAUUCACAGGGGAGUUUGCAAACCAGUGACUGCCCAGGUGCCGCUGAUCCAAGGGAAGGCCAGAAAGUCCCACAUUUAAAAGUGGGCAAUAAGCAAAAGACUCUUGACCAGUAAUGUGCUUGUGUAAUAUUACUUUACCCAGUAAAAAGUGUUUUAUUGGACUAGGAUGUUUAAAACUCUUUAAAGUUGCGAAUAACCGUUUAUGUUAUGUGACUGUAGCAGGAGGACGAUACAUUCAUGAACCACAAACGUAGGAGUCGUGUUGUUUUUAAAAAUGUGUCUUUUUCAAAGAUAUAAAGAACAUUGAUUACUGCGAGUUUUGUACCUGCAAAGAAAAAUCCAAAAUGCAUCUAAUGUGAUGUUUUUAAAGUUGUACUGCAGCUGAUAACAGCUGAGUCAUUAAUCAUUAACAGUAUGAAUAUACGCCUUACAGCAUUGUAGCGUGACUGUUAGGGAUCAGAGUGUAUUCAUAUUUGUGUUACUCUAAAACUUGUGUUGUUAAUUGUUGACAGGCCAGACAGUUGUCAUGGGAACAUGAGCCGGCGAUAUUGUAGAAAACAGUUACAGCAUGAAUUUGACAAAAUAUUUGCAUUUGGUGUAAAUGAAUUCGUAAUAGCUUUUUUUGCUAAAGGGCCCACUAUAGAGGUGUGAUUGUGUUCCUUACAGGAAGUAGACUUUUUUCAUUUCCCCGCCUACACAGACUCUUUGUUUGUCAGCUUGUCUCCUCGGACAUGUGGCCUUAAAGCUGCAUGUUGAAUGAGGCCAGAGAGGAAGCAGGGGUACAUUUAAGCCUCUGGAAAAUCACUAAACAUGUAUAUAUGCCUGUAUAUAUAUACAGGUGUGAAUGUGAGUGCGAAUGGUUGUCUGUGUGUUGGCCCUGCGACAGACUGGCGACCUGUACAGGGUGUACCCUGCCUCUCACCCUAAGACAGCUGGGAUAGGCUCCAGCGCCCCCACGACCCUGAAAAGGAUGAGGGAGGGAUGGAUGGAAGAAUAAAAGUUUAGUGGCCAAUCAAUGGGUGAGGGAGGGGCUUGGAUAAGCCUUAGAUAACACACACCUACCUGACACCUAAAUCAGGCAAACAAGAAGUGAUUGAAGUUGGAGGCAAAUUAAUAUUAUCAAUGAAUAUUUUCAGAUGAUCACAGUCUUGUAUUUGUUCCCUUGAGAAAGGGUCAUUUCCAUUUCCAGUCUACUGGUGGGUGCACUGAUGUAGAAUGUAGUUGACUGUACUGGCGCACAAUACCAACGACUGGGAGUGCAUCUGUAAUAUGAUGCUGUUUAGCUAGUGUUCACACAUGUACAGCACA